GUCUAAGCGAAACAUAUGUCUAUAUUAUUGGUUGGGGCCAAAUGUCAAAUCUAAGUGAAUAUUUUGCUAACGAUCCGCCUAGUUUUUUUGAUGAGUUAACUCCUACAAAACCGAACACAAAAGAGCAAGAACCAGAACCGAGACCAAGUGGAGGUAGCACCAUGUUGUCCAGCGGCUUCACAGGUGGUUUUCAACCCCCCGAGUAUGUGGAAAUUACUGAGACAGAUGACGGAGGCAUCAAGGUCAGCGAAGAUGUCCGAAAUUUUUGGGAGCUGCCCUCCGAACAGAACAAAUUGAUUAUGCCCGGCAUACACAUACAAGGGGACUUGCCCGAUCCAAUAGCUAUAGCGGUAAGUCAACAUCUGGAUGAAGCUGAGCUACAACAUCGCAAAAUUCUCUGUGUCGAUGAUGUUACUCAAGAUGAACGAGGCCUAAAGAUGCUUAUCCACGCCAGUUGUUUUCGUUCGGCUGUGAAUUUAAGUGGACGAUUGCUCACGAUAUAUGGCCAGGGAUAUGGACGUUCUGGACAACCAGCUAAGCACUCACCGCACUCUCUACAACUUUGGUUCACUCGACUUGCCCUGUUGGCCAAAUUGGGAGAAUAUGAGCUGCUUCAAGCGGAAGCAGAACCCUUUGGCAGUCACUUAAAUGGACCAGAUGUCUUUUUUGAACACUAUCCCGAAAUGUAUAAUGGUAAGACGGGAUCUAUAGCCUGUUUCUCUUUCCGUUUGCUCAUCGCUGAGUUGCCCACGUACUUGGGCAAGCCUCAUUUGGCCUUGGACAGACUUUCAGAGCUAUAUGUGACCUGUAAAGAAAUUCGGGAACAUUUUAUUGCAUUAAACGACAGCCCAGCUGGAGAAUUUUGGUUAAUACGAGGAGAAAUGGUUCUCCACUCAAUUGUUAAUUGUGCCUUAAUGAUGAAAAAAUUCAGUAUGAUCGAUGACAUAAUUAGCGGCAUCUUGUUAACUCGCUCGAGUCUCACUAAAGAUGAACAACGAUCCUUAUAUUCAGCGUGGGGUCGCAUUUAUUUGCAAAUUGGUGAUAUUUUUGGAGCUGAACAAAAGUUUGCUGUUGCCCGAAGAUUAAGGGAAAUGAACUCUAAUCCAGAUCUACGGGAUCUAGUUGAUAAGGGUCUAAUUGCUGUGGCUAAAAAUGAUUUUCCUGAGGCCUACUUAAUUUUUCAAAAAGCUUUGCAUUUGGAUUCUGGUAAUACCAUGAUUUUGAACAAUAUGGGCGUUUGCUUGUUGUAUGCCGGCAAACUGAAAGAUGCGAUUACUCUGUAUGAAAGGGCAAUUAACUUAAACCCACAGAAAUCACUGAAUGAGAGUCUUUUGGUUAAUCUCUCUACCUUGUAUGAACUGGAGUCCAAUAAUUCGAAAACAAAAAAACUAAAUUUAUUGCGGUUAAUUAAUAGAUUUAAGCCUGAUCUUAACAUAAGCAUAGAAAUUUGCUUAAAAUUGCAGGCCGGAAACUAAAUUUAUAUGUAAAAGUUUGAAACAUUCCAUUAAUGUUAAAAACAAAAUACAAUCUUGUCACUGUUUA